AUGCCCGAUGUGACGGCGUACACCUCGCCAUUGUCGGACAUGGCUCACAAUGACCGAGCAUUCAUGUGGCGCCCAAUGCACACCAAAUGCUUUGAAAUGAUCAAAGCUUUGGUGUGCAAGGCACCCAUCCUGAAGCCAAUUGACCCACAUCAACCAGAACCCAUCUGGCUGAUAUCUGAUGCAUCGUUAUAUGGUGUUGGAGCGAUGUAUGGACAGGGACCAGACUGGCGAACCUGUCGCCCAGCUGGCUUCCUGUCGAAGAAAUUCACGAGUGCGCAACGUGCUUAUAAGACAUAUGAGCACGAGGCACUCGCGAUACUGGAAGCUCUCCUCAAAUGGGAGGAUAAACUACUUGGCUGA